AUGUUUUGUUACUUAGGAUAUGAACAGCUGAGCGGGGGCUGUAAAACCUCGCACUCUGCUUGGGUUAUCCAUUCUCUGCGUGACCAUUUUCAUCCUGGGACUGACUUUUGUGGAAUUCCGUGGAUAGUUAUCAUUAUUGUGUUUCUGGGAAUUUCUACACUUGCCAUUUUCCUCUGGAAAACUAAUCUUUGUGUUUCUUUCCUCAAGACUGUCUUCUUAAAGUCACGAAAUGUACAUGACAGAUCCACAGAUGUACAGCGGAGAGCCUGGAGGUCCAAUAGCCGUAGCCAGGAAGGAAUUAAAAUUGGCAUGGAAGACCUCUAUACUUCACGGAGAUAUAUGGAAGCCAAAGUUCGAACUGAAGUCCAUAAGGUGACGACGAAGGUCAACAGUCAUUACAAAAUCAGUGGACAGAGGAAGACUCCGAAGGAAGAAAUCAGGAAGCUAAGAAUGAAAGAAUGUGAGCCAGCAGAAAAGGACAGGCAGCUAUCAGAGGCAGAGGAAAAUGGGAAAUCGACUAUGAAAGAAAUAGACACUGACAUGAAAUUGUUUCACGCUGCGGAAAGGUUGCGGCAGCGGGCAGAGGACUACUACAGACGCAAAAUCGCCCCUUCUGCAAGAAAGCCUCAUGCCAACUGGGUAAGUUUGUUUGUUUUCCUUGCUUUUGGACAUAGUCUGCCAGGUCAGGACAUGGAUGUGUUUUUCCGCCCACAGCUCUGUGCUCGAGCCUUGCAGAGGAAGAUGGCAGAGAGGAAGGCUGCCUCCAAGCAGCAAAGGUGUGAAAUUAGGGAAAAGCAGAGAGUGCCAGAGAGACACAUGCGUCGGGAGCCAGUCCAGGGACGACCGGGCCUAGAGAACCCUUUCUGGAGGGAUUCAGGACCUCAUUCGGUUCCCAUGAGGAACAGCAGCUGCGUCCCAGCUGAAAACAGAGAGAAGACAAAGGUCAGAAUGGCUGCAGUGGAGCAUCAUCAUUCCUCAGGAUUGCCCUACUGGCCCGACCUCACAGCUGAAACUUUCAGAAAAAGGAAGGGCCGCCAGGCAGCUCCUCCAACUCAGUGUCAUCUGGGAGGUCAACCACCUCCAUCAGCUAAAGAUCGUCUGAGACCUCUGAAUCUGUCUGGACUACAGUGUCGACAAGGACCUCAGCCACAUUCUACAACUGAUGAGUUUCUGAGAAGAGAUAAACUUCAAGUUGAGUGUCCCCUGGCACCUGUACCAUUUCCUCCAGCAGAAGAUUUUGUGAGCCUCAAGACACCUCCCGAGUGUCUUCUGGUACCUCUUCCACCCUCUCCAGUUGACGACGACUUUCUGACACCAGAGAACCUGCCCAUUGAGUGUUGCCGGGGACCUGUACCAUCUCCUCGAGCUGAUAAUGUUAGGAAACGCAGGACACCUCCCGACUCUUUUUUUGUACCUCUUCCACCUUCUCCAGUGGAUGAUUCUCUUAGCCUCAAGACACCUCCCGAGUGUCUUCUGGUACCUCUUCCACCCUCUCCAGUUGACGACUUUCUGACACCAGAGAACCUGCCCAUUGAGUGUUGCCGGGGACCUGUACCAUCUCCUCGAGCUGAUAAUGAAACGCAAGACACCUCCCGACUCUUUUUUGUACCUCUUCCACCUUCUGCAUUGGAUGAUUCUCUUAGCCUCAAGACACCUCCCGAGUGUCUUCUGGUACCUCUUCCACCCUCUCCAGUUGACGACUUUCUGACACCAGAGAACCCGCCCGUCGAGUGUUGCCGGGGACCUGUACCAUCUCCUCGAGCUGAUAAUGUUAGGAAAUGCAAGACACCUCCCGACUCUUUUUUUGUACCUCUUCCACCUUCUCCAGUGGAUGAUUCUCUUAGCCUCAAGACACCUCCGGAGUGUCUUCUGGUACCUCUUCCACCCUCUCCAGUUGACGACUUUCUGACACGAGAGAACCUGCCCAUUGAGUGUUGCCGGGGACCUGUACCAUCUCCUCGAGCUGAUAAUGUUAGGAAAUGCACGACACCUCCCGACUCUUUUUUUGUACCUCUUCCACCUUCUCCAGUGGAUGAUUCUCUUAACCUCAAGACACCUCCCGAGUGUCUUCUGGUACCUCUUCCACCCUCUCCAGUUGACGACUUUCUGACACCAGAGAACCCGCCCGUCGAGUGUUGCCGGGGACCUGUACCAUCUCCUCGAGUUGAUAAUGUUAGGAAACGCAAGACACCUCCCGACUCUUUUUUUGUACCUCUUCCACCUUCUCGAGUGGAUGAUUUUCAGACCACGGAGACACCUCCCAUCAAGCGUCGCCGGGGACCUGUACCAUUUCCUCCAGCUGAUAAUGUUAGGAAACGCAAGACACCUCCCGACUCUUUUUUUGUACCUCUUCCACCUUCUGCAUUGGAUGAUUCUCUUAGCCUCAAGACACCUCCCGAGUGUCUUCUGGUACCUCUUCCACCCUCUCCAGUUGAUAGCCUCAAGACACCUCCCAAGUGUCUUCUGGUACCUCUUCCACCCUCUCCAGUUGACGACUUUCUGACACCAGAGAACCCCCCGUCGAUGGAUGAUUGUCUUAGCCUCAAGACACCUCCCGAGUGUCUUCUGGUACCUCUUCCACCCUCUCUCCCUGAGCCCAGGAGGUGGGCCUCUCCUCAGCCACCCCCACCACACCACCAGAACGAUGCUUGCUUCUGCUCCCCACCAAACCCUCCCCAGCGUCUCAACCAGAAGAGAAAUCCAAUUUGUGCGAAGGGCUUGGGGGGUGCCUCUGGGCGGGUGCGGCUCUCCGGGAGCCUAAGGGACUCCCCCACUCCCCACUCCUAUCUGGGAGGUUCGGCGCGGGUUGGCGAUGGGGGUGGAAGGCUCCCGGGUCUGUGGAUCUGCGGCGGGAGGGGCGGCUGGUAG